CCAUAUAUGGAUGAAAACUUUGUUUCAAGAGCCUUUGCCACCAUGGGAGAGCUCGUACUGAGUGUAAAAAUCAUUCGAAACAGGUUGACAGGAAUUCCAGCAGGCUAUUGCUUUGUAGAAUUUGCAGAUCUAGCUACUGCAGAGAAAUGUUUACACAAAAUCAAUGGAAAACCGCUUCCUGGUGCUACACCGGCAAAGCGAUUUAAAUUGAAUUAUGCAACGUAUGGAAAACAGCCCGAUAACAGUCCAGAAUAUUCACUUUUUGUGGGAGACCUGACCCCUGAUGUGGAUGAUGGCAUGUUAUAUGAAUUUUUUGUUAAAGUUUAUCCAUCAUGUAGAGGUGGAAAAGUUGUUUUGGACCAGGCAGGAGUAUCCAAAGGUUACGGGUUCGUGAAAUUCACGGAUGAACUGGAACAGAAAAGAGCGCUGACAGAGUGUCAAGGAGCUGUGGGGUUGGGCUCUAAACCUGUACGCUUGAGUGUGGCUAUACCAAAAGCUAAUCGUGUGAAACCCAUGGAGUACAAUCAGAUGUACAACUAUAAUUAUAACCAAUAUUACCAACAAUAUCACAACUACUACGCCCAGUGGGGCUACGACCAGAACACAGGCAGUUACAGCUACAGCUAUCCCCAGUACGGAUACACGCAGAGCACAAUGCAGACGUAUGAAGAAGUUGGUGAGGAUGCAUUGGAAGAUCCGACGCCUCAGUUGGAUGUCCACGAAGCGAAUAAACAAUUUAUGGAACAGAGCGAAGAGCUCUAUGAUGCCUUGAUGGACUGUCAUUGGCAGCCUUUGGACACUGUCUCGUCAGAGAUUCCAGCCGUGUUAUAG